AAAGUUGUCAUAGGUAUUCCUUAUUGAGAAUUGAAUAUUUAUUAAUAUUAAUAAAUAUCUAAAACCCUAUUUCUGAUUUUGUUUUUUCUGAAUGACUAACUUAACAAGGAAUUGAGUAUAAUUUUUAAAUAUUUUACUAUAGUAAUUCUCAGUAAUUUAAGAAGUACAUUAAAACAUUUUGAUACUAUAAUAUUUAUAUCAAGUUAACAUGAGUGCAAUAUUCAACUUUCAAAGUUUACUAUCAGUAAUAUUACUCUUAAUAUGCACUUGUGCCUACUUGAGAUCCUUCUUUCCUAGUAUCAUAGACAGGAAUAAAACUGGGCUUUUUGGAACCUUCUGGAAAUGUGCACGAAUUGGUGAACGUAAAUCUCCCUAUGUGGCCACUUGUUGUGUUAUAAUGGCUUUCACAAUACUUUUUCUAACAUAAAUACUAGAUCAUGAGUAUCUAAGACACCAAAUAAAACAGGAUAAUUUAAUAUACUAUGAUGAAUAAAUAAAACUUUUUGUUUAUUUUA